GCCGGUUUGGUCAGACAGUCCCCACAGGCACAGUCAGGGCUUUGCGUGUCAUGCCCUGGAGCCCCCGGACCGCGCCAAGCUGGGCGCUGUUGCUGCGGCUGCUGGCACUGCUGCGGCCACCGGGUAUGGUUGAGGCAUGCAGCUGUGCCCCUGCACACCCCCAGCAGCACGUCUGCCACUCGGCGCUUGCCAUUCGGGCCAAAAUCUCCAGUGAGAAGGUAGUUCCUGCUAGCACAGACCCUGCUGACACUCAAAAAAUGAUCCGGUAUGAAAUCAAACAGAUAAAGAUGUUUAAAGGGUUUGAGAAACUCAAGGAUGUUCAGUAUAUCUAUACACCUUUUGAUUCCUCCCUCUGUGGUGUGAAACUAGAAGCUAACAGUCAGAAGCAAUAUCUUUUGACUGGUCAGGUCCUCAGUGAUGGAAAAGUCUUCAUCCAUCUGUGCAACUACAUCGAACCUUGGGAGAACCUGUCCUUUUUGCAGAGAGAGAGUCUGAAUCACCACUACCAUCUGAACUGUGGCUGCCAAAUUACCACCUGCUAUACAGUGCCCUGUACCAUCUCAGCUCCCAACGAGUGCCUCUGGACAGACUGGCUGUUGGAACGGAAGCUCUAUGGGUACCAGGCCCAGCAUUAUGUCUGCAUGAAGCAUGCUGAUGGCACCUGCAGCUGGUACCAGGGCCGCCUGCCCCUCAGGAAGGAGUUUGUUGACAUCAUACAGCCCUAAUAGGGGCCAGUGACCAUCACACUCCUUCAAGCAUCCUGAAGCCCAAGCCAUUUCUCCUUCCCUGUGGAGCUCUGGCUAUCACCAUCCACCUCAUCACUGCCAGCCAAUGGAAAGUACCAAGUGGAUGGUCUGGCUAGUGUUAGGAUAGGGAUGGGGCAUGUUACAGCUUGGAUCCAAAUGCCAGCCCGGCACCUGUCAAGGGCCACAGAAAAUAACAUCACUUUUCUAGCCAGCCUUCAGCCCAUCUCCCCUGUGUCCCAAACCCUUUUAGGCUAGCUAGUAACAGAAACCUGUUACUGAAAGUUUUGAUUUUGGCUUAGUUUGUUUUUGAAAGCCAGAACUGUUCCCUUUUCUCCCCAGGAGAAAGCCAGAACUAUUCCCUUAACUGAUCUGAUAGGGGAGAAAUGGUGAUUAUUAUACAUAGGAGAUAAUGUAGCACUGUGAUGUACAAUAACAGAAGGUGGGCUGACAGAAUCAGACACAAGCUGAUUCGGAGGAAUGAAAUGAACAACCCACUAUGGCUGUAUGUCCUUUACUCAUGUCCCUAUGCAUCCUAAUCCUCUCAUAUACUUUUUUCUGUUUGGGGAGACACUUGGGGGAAUACAGUCACUCACUGUGAGACCUGCAAUGGCUUAACCUCAUUCUACAUGCUAUAAUCUCCUCUAUACCAUUCCUAGCAGAGAAUCUGGUCCAGUUAACAUACCUCUUUGGAUAAGAAUAGACUUAGGUAUUAUCUCUCCAGGUCAACUAUCUUUAAUGUCCUCAACUGAUGUCCAUAAAGCUUCUCCUCGAUUUCUUUAAGAAAGUCCUUCUCUACUAGAUUACUAAGGUCUUUAUUCCUAAUUCAGAUUUUUUUUUUUAAGCCAAAAAAGCCUUUCUCUUGUAGAGAUGAAAUUCCCCUUUAGCUUUUGACACCUCAGAGAGAUCUUAGGAGGAACUUUCUCAAGGGUCAAUUUCAGGACAGAGGACAUGAGAGAAAUAACACAAAGACACUUGGGGGAAAAAGAUGGUAGGUGGGGAACAUAUUUUGCAACUGUUACAACUGUUCUCACUGGUCAGCCCUGCUAGACUUUAUGGCAUGAAAAAAGCCAGCUUUGCCCCCUGUCUGCCCUAAAGUUCACUGCCCUCCACCACUGUGUAUUAGAGUCCCUAAGAACUCUAAGCACAGACCCCUUAGGGUUCCUUAGAUUCUGCAAGGCUUCCUGGCUUGCCCUGAAAGAGAAAGAUCUUAUGUUCAUCUCAAGGGUUUAUGAAGGAUGAGGGCUUAAAGUUUCAGAGCCUCUCCCUGGCAAAGAUGAAUAAGGUAGUUCUUUUCAAGGCUCAAGUUUACUAUUCAUCUUUUGUGUGUGGUUUGCUAAUAAGCAGGGUCAUGACCAAUAUGCCAAAUGAAGGUUCUUGAUUCACAGAAAUGGUUCCAAUGGAGAUCCUUUUUGGAGUAGGGCUCUCUGUCCCACAUUACAACACUGGAAUGCUAUGGAAGAAAGUCUCCAUUGGUGGGUUAAACAGGAUCACCAACUGACCAUGCAGGCCCGGGGCAGAGAAUGUAGGGACAGACAGGAAGAAGGGAGUUGAGCUAGAGGUGGUCAUAAAGAAAAAACAUUAGUUGUAGCCUCCUCACCACCAACCAUGCCAUCUCUCUGUUCCUUCUGACAUCCUAACAUGGCCUCAGAGAAGGCAUAGUGUUAACCCAGUCUUAUCGCAAUCUUGAGGAAGCCAGAGGAAUGGAAGGGGCUGGUGAAUAAUUAUAGGAACAACAUCUUACAUCUGAGUUGUGCUUCACACUUUUCCAGAAGGCUAUCACCUAAUCUCACUUACGUUUUAUAAGUACCAUAUUAGAUAUCCUGGCCAGGAAUAAUUAUGCCAUUGAACUUUCCUAUUGAGAAACUCACACACAAGGAAUAUAAUUAGUCCAGUGAUAUGUGGCAGGGCCAGGGCUAGAACCCAAAACAGUAGGAUCUUCUGAUUGUUGAUACACAGAUUUAUUAGUUUCUCAACUUGAUAAAAUGCCCAUAUUUCUACUCUUAGCUAUUUGGUCUCCAGACUUUGGAAACAAGGGGUUAUCGACUAAAAUUCAGCUGCUCUAGCCCCACAGUUCAAUCCCAAAAGAAUGUCUGGGGUUGAAAUGCUGAGGCCCUCUUUAGGGCCCCACAAUCCCCAUGUGGCUCAGAAUGUAAACAGCAGAGGAACUAAAGUCCCCACUCCAUCACCUACCAUCUCUUUAUGGUUGGGGUAGUAUGUCUGCUCAAUGAGUGGGAACUUUUCUCCUCCCAAUGUCUUGUAGAUGGCCACCAGCUGGGCAAACUGCAAAAGAGAAGCAAAUGAUUCAGUUUAUCUAGACACUGCUUUAGACAAACAUCAAUCUAUCAAACAAAUAUUUACUGAGCAUUUGCUCUGUUGGGGACUUUGAACAAAACACUGAGAAUAUAAAAGGUGUACAAUUCUUGUUUUUAAAGAACAUAUGCACUGGGUGUGGUACAUAAACAAUGAAUU